AUGGAUUCGUACUCUUCUCACCGAGACUCCUCUGCGCGCUCGCCGGGCGACAGGACGUGGAGCAGUCGCGACGAUACACGAAUCAAGGAGGAGCGGACCGACCCCUUCUACCGCGGUAGAUCUCCUGGCCAUGAGCGCCAACACCGUGAUAGACGUCGCUCUCGAUCCCCGGCCGCCAUCGACCGUUACGAGCCAAGGGGUCGCGGUCGCGAUGACUAUGCCGGUCCUCGGGAUCGUGAUGAUCGCCGCGAACGGAGAAUCACGUCGCCGCCGGCCAACAUCGACCGCUACGUCCCCGGACAGGACAGCAGCGCCCCGACGCCACUAACCGUCAAUCCGCUCGCGGACCCGGUCAAGCUCCCCUACCAGGUUGGAUUCUCAUACUUUGGCGAAUGGUGGAGAAUGAACGAGAAGAUCAAGGAGGAGAAGGAGCGCCAGCGCACUGGUCGCCGUCGCGAACCCGAUCGCGUUCGCGGCCCUCGCGAAGUGCAAGAAGAGCGCGAGAAGGAGAAGGCCAAGAUUCAGCUCGCUUAUGACGCCUAUAAGGAAGAGCUUCAAGCAAAGAUGGCGCGAACCUUUGUUGCCGAGCACAAGAAGGAACAGUGGUUCCGCGAGCGCUAUGUGCCUGAGAUUCGCGAUGCUUUCAGGUCCCAGCUCAACGAAUUCCGCCGAGGCGCCUACAGCCAGUGGGAGCAAGAUCUCGAGUCCGGAACGUUUGACGACUUCUCUCUCGAGGGCAUCCCAAAGAGCGAGACGAACGGCCUCGGUGGCCUCGUGGAGAAGGAGGAGGGCGAGGCAACCGCCGCCAACGAGAUCCUCGGAGUUGGUGAUCUUGUGCCGGCCAAUGGCUCUGACAUCAGAGACGAGAACCUGUAUCAGCCAACCCUUCUCAUCAAGACCAUUGCGCCUCACGUCAGCAGACAAAACCUCGAGACAUUCUGUAAGGAGCAUCUUGGCGAAGAAGAGGGCGGCUUCAAAUGGCUUUCUCUUUCGGAUCCUAACCCCAGCAAGCGGUACCACCGCAUUGGUUGGGUUAUGCUUCACCCUUCUUCAGAGGUUGCUCCUGCUGUUGUCGAUCGCGUGGAUCCCAAGGACGAGGAGGGUGAUUUGCCUCUGAAGUCGCCGGCUGUUGUCUCAACUGCGGAAAAGGCUCUGGACGCGGUGAAUGGCAAGACUGUCAAGGAUGAGGUCAGAGGCGACUUCGUCUGCCAUGUCGGCGUGCACAACCCUCCCAGCAACCCUCGAAAGAAGGCUCUGUGGGAUCUCUUCUCCGCACCUGAGCGUGUUGAAAAGGACUUGAACCUCGUCCAGCGACUUGUCAACAAGUUUGAGGAAGACUUUGGCUCCGAUUUUAACGCCUUGUUGAAGAUUGAGGAGAGAGUCGACGACCUUAAGAACGGUGGCCGUCUCCAACCUGCUGCUGGCGCGACCAAGAAGAAGCAAAAGAAGGAACGCGAUCUCGACGUCGACGAUGGCAUGGAAGAUGGAGAAGAUGGUGCCGUUGACGAGGACGAAGAUGAAGGUGCUGUGGAAGAGGACGACACCGACGAUGAGGAGUUGAUUGUGAAGAAGAAGCAGCUGGAUCUCAUGAUCGAAUAUCUCCGACGCGUCUACAACUUCUGCUUCUUCUGCGUCUUUGAGAGUGACUCGAUUCACGAGCUCACUCGCAAGUGCCCCGGUGGUCACUUGCGCCGCCCGAGAAGCACUCUUAGCACCUCCGCCAAGGCUGUCGCGCGCGCCAGCGCCAACGGCGAGCCGUUCCCCGGAAAGAAGCGCAGCGAGAUCGAGGAAGAGGGCGAGGCAACCGAGAUCGACAAGAAAUUCCGCAGCACCACUGGCAAGGCAGAGCAGCAGCUUCUGCGCGCCUACAACUGGGUCAAGACCUUUGAGGACAAGAUCUUGCAGAUCCUUGAGCCUGAGACGGCAGACUUGCGCAAGCUUGGAGGUCGGCCAGUUGAGGACGCCGUCAGUGAUGAACUCCUGAAGUACGUCAAGCAAGAAGACGAGCACAAGUGGAGGUGCAAGGUUCCCGAGUGUACCAAGCUGUUCAAGGAGGAACACUUCUGGCGCAAGCACGUCGAGAAGCGCCACGGCGAUUGGCUUGAGAGCAUUGAGCAGGAGUUCCACCUCAUCAACGCCUACGUCAUGGAUCCCUCCCACAUUGCUCCGUCGCGAACGGAUGCCAACUCCAACGGCCACUUCCCUCCCGCGAACGGCCAGUCGGCGACUGGAACCCCACGUGGCUUCAACUUGCAGAACUUCACCAUGAACGGCAUGAUGCCUAUUCCGGGCUUUCCCAUGCCGCCGGGUGGUUUCCCGCCAUUCGUUGGCGGUGGUCACCCUGGUGUGCAAGCCGGAUGGAACGCAGGCGGCGAUGACCGCGGCGGCCCCGGCCCCAUUCGCCGUGGAGGAAUGGGUGGCGGCCGUGGCAACUACCGAACCGGGCCCUAUGACAGACGCCCGACCCCCCGUUGGGACGGUGGUAUUGGCGGAAGAGGACGCGGCGGUGCCGGAAAGUGGGGAGACGGCGCUGCAGGAGGAGCGGCUGUCGGACCCCGUGAGGCCACUCAGGGGCGCAGCCUCAAGAGCUACGAGGAUCUCGACCACGUGGCUGGCGGCGGCGGUGGUGAGCUGAACUAUUAG